AUGGAUAAUAGUUUUGUUGAAUUAAUAAAAGAUAUAAAAAAAGAUGACAGCAUUAAUAAUUUGGAAAAGAAUUAUCAAAAGUGUGUUAGAUAUUUGAAGGAUUUGGAUAAGAGGAAAUCAAAUGAUAAGUUGUUUUUAAUGAAUUCAGUUGUUAAAGAGAAAUCUUUAGUAUUAUUGAAAUUAUUAUACUUACAAAUGUUUGGAAGAAAAAUUGAUAAGGAACAUAAUUUUUCUGUAAUUCAAUUAUUAACAUGUAAUAAAUAUUUUUUAAAAAGGCGUGGUUUUUUUUUUUUGAAUAGUAUUAGUGAUAAUGACGAUAUAAUUUUUUUAUCUAUAAAUUUAUUUAAGAAGGAAUUAUAUAAAGAUUCUAUAAGUUCUAUAGAACAAAAUGUAAAAAGUACAGUAUUGAGUUCUUUGUCCAAUAUGGGUACAAAGAUAAUAAAAGAAAAUAUUAAUAUAUUUAACAAUAUGAACACAAACAACACAAUCAACACAAUCAACACAAAUAAUAUGAAUAGUAUGAAUAGUAUGAAUAGCAUAAACAGUUUCCAUGCUAAUAAUUCUGUUGAACCUUGUAAUGAAAAAAAUAAAAAAAAUAAUUUCACUGGCCUCCUUCAAGAUAUUAAUACUUACAAUGGUCACAAAGUUUUUAAUACAUUUUUAAUAUUAAAUAGUAUUAGUAAUAUAUGUACCGAUAUGAUGAGUAGUAAUUUGUACAAUGAUAUAUUUUUCCUUUUAAAUAAUUCAAAUGUAUAUAUUAGGAAGAAAACUAUUUUAUGUUUUUAUAAAUUAGUAAUAUCAAAUUUAAGCAUUUUACAUACUUUUUUUGAUUUGUUAAAAAAAAAUUUUAUUUCACUCUAUAAUAAUGAAAACACAUCCUAUGAAAAAUUACCUUCGGACAAAGUUGAUUACACAUUCAGAAAUAACACUUGUUUGUGUUGUUUAAUAAUUAAUGUGCUCGCGGAAAUAUUUUCAUAUCUGGAGAGAAGGCAAAUGAAAUAUCACAACUCACCUAUUAGAAACAAUCAAUAUAGGGAAAGAGAUCUUAAUUUGGUGGGAACGAAUAAAAAAAAAAACGAUGAACAAGUUUGUGUUAAUAAUAAAAGUGAUUAUUGUGAUAAUACGAAUUAUUAUAAUAGUAUGCUUAAGAAUAAUGAGAAAAUCUCUCACGAGGUUGCAGCACAAAAGGGUGAGGAAAUUAGUUUCGAAAAUGAUAAUAUUAAUAAUAAUAAUGAUACAUAUGGUUAUAUUUAUGGUGAUACCUGUUGUAAUAAUAAUUUUUAUAAUGAUGAACAUGAUAUUUCUAAUUAUUUAAAGAAAUUUUUAUCCUUUGUUCCAUUUAUUUAUAACAUACUGAAUGAAAGGUUAAGCAUUAUAGAUAAUUGGAAGCUAAUUAAAUUCAUUAAAUUUAUUAAUAAAUUAGUAAGAUAUGAAUACAGAAUAUAUAAAAAGUUCCUACCCAUAAUUAUUCAUAUCUUCUUUACAAACAAAGCAAAGAGUGUUAUUUUUGAAUGCUACGAUUUUAUACUUUUUAAUUAUAAGAAAAAUUAUAACGUGCAUAUUCCUAAUGUUGAUAGUUAUAUUAAUACAUCUGUGUUAUCUCAGCAUAUAUCUGGUAUGUUUACACAUGUGGGCACAUCCAACGGUAUGAAGAAUGUUGAGGAGGUAAGAUAUAAUGAUAAAAAUAAUCAUAAUGACCAUAGUGUCAACCAUAGUAAUGUUGAUGGUAAUAUCCAAAGAACCAGUAGUUAUAAUAAACACAAUAGGAACAAUCCAGAAAAUGUUGUAUUAUCACAAGAACAUAUAAAUACAUACAAUAUUAUUCAUAAAGAAGAAAACAAUACCAAAGAAAACAAUACUGUUGGAACACCCUUUGAUAAAUUUUUAUUUUAUUGUUUUAAACAAUUAUUAUCAUCUUUUUUUACAGAAGAUACAAAUAUUAUGUACAUGACCAUUAAUUUGUAUAAAUAUCUUUUUAUUAUUCCGGAUAUAUAUGAAUAUUUUACACGGUACAAUUUAUUAAAUGAAUUUUCUAGAAAUAUUUUAAAAAAUUUUUACCACAAAGAUAUAACGAUAAGAAAAAAGUUAUUAUAUAUAUUAUAUUUUUUAUUAAAUGAAAAAAAUUUCGAACAAAUUGUUUAUAGCAUAUUGAUCUAUUUAUAUAAUCAUCACAAUAAUUGUUAUAAUAACGCAGAAUCGAAACCAUUUGAUUAUGCCGAUGAAUAUAUUAAUGUUAUAAUUAAUUAUUGUAUUAAUAAUUUAAAUAAUGUACAAAAUGUAAAUGUCUAUAUUUUUAUAUUAUUUUAUUUAUUAUGUUUAAAAAAUCAUACAAAAGAAUAUGAUAUACUUGAACAUAUACAUAAAAUAAAUACAAAAUUAAAAAUAACACACAUCACAACGAAUUUUUUAAGUUGUAUAUUUAUUAUAACAUAUGCAUUAGGAUUUAUAAAAGACACUCUAGAAAGAAAUCAUUUAUAUGUAAAAAAUAACAAAUUAAAAAUGAACAAAUUAGAAAUGAACAAAUGUAUACAAAAGGAUGAUCAUAAUAUAAAACAUAAAAAUAUGGACACAAAUGGUAAUAUAAAAAUCAAUGAACAUGUAUGUUUUAAUACAAAUAGGUAUUAUGCUUCUUAUAAUAAUAUACAAGUAGGAAACGUUUUUACGAACGUAAUGUGUUGUCCUUCUCUUAAGUUUAAUAAAAACAAGGAAAAUCUUAUAAACAAAUUAGAUAAUCAGGAUGAUAGUUAUUUUCUUGACAUCAUUUCACAUUAUGAAGAAAUAUACGAAUAUAUACUUAUAAACGAUAUUUUUAAUUUAAAAAAAGAAAUAAAAAAUUUCAAUAUAUUAAAUAAAUAUGAUGUAUUUGAAUAUAUUAUUAUUAUUUUAAAAUUAUAUGAUAAAAUAUAUCCUGAUGCAGAGUACAUCGAAUGUGUACGAGAAACAUUACAGAAUGACGAUCCUUUAAAUGUAAAAAGAGAAAUGAAAGAAAAUUAUGAACACGUAAAAGAAAAAUAUGAUGAUAAGAAGAUAGAAAUGGAUAAAGGUGGUGAUAAUAAUAAUUAUAAUGGUAUCGAUAAUUAUAAUGGUAGCCAUAAUUAUGGCGAUAAUUUUAGCGAUAAUCAUAUUAGAACAUGUGAAUAUUUAAAAUGUAACAAAUUAGAUCAUAUAAAAGUAGAAUCAUUUGAAUAUAUAAUAUACUUUAUUACCAUUUAUUUAGAAGAAACUUAUGAUAAAAUAAAAGAAUUUAAAGAUAUGUUUUUUUUAAAACUAUUUUUUUUUACAUUAUAUUUAUUUUUUAUAUCAUAUAAUUCAGCAAAUAUAUUAUGGAAUGUGAUCAAAAUAUUUAUGUUCUUUUUACAGUUUGAGGAAAAUCAUUCUCUUCUACUUUUCUAUUUUUAUCGAUGUUAUACACAUCUCCAUUAUUUAAUAAAGAAAAAAAAUGAUGUAUACAAUUUGGAUAUAUGUAUUUUAUUAAAAAAUAUAUUAUCUUUAUUAUUAAAUACCAAAAAAGAAAAUUAUAAAACCUUUAAUUUCUAUCAUUAUUUUAAUAAUACAAUAAAUAUCCAAGAAAAUGAUAACAAACAUUUGAAUUUAAACCAACCUUUUAAAUAUGAUGAUUCUUUUUUCUUUUUUAAUAACAUAAUAUUACCUAAAGAACAAUCUGGAACAACAAAUAAAAAAAAUAAUAAACCUAUAAAGAAUAUAAAAGAGGAUAUGGAUAAUAAUACGUACCAUAUACAUAGUAUGAAAAAACAAACCAAAAAUAAUAUACAUACAAGUAUAAAAAAUGAACUUGAUAUUUUAAUAAAUAAACAUAAACAAUAUAAAGAAAAAUGGAUUAACACAUUUCCUUUUUAUAUAAUUUAUCAAAAUGAUCAUUUUAAAUUAUAUUUAAAACAUCAAACAGAUAAUAAACAAUUAAUUUUAUAUAUACACUUAAAAAAUGAUACCUUUAUACUCAAUAAUUUCAAUUUAUAUACAUCAUUUAAUUUAAUAAAUUAUAAUAUAUUACAUAAAUAUAAUACUGAUUAUACCAAUUUUAAUGAUGAUGUGCAAAAUUAUUUUUAUAAAUAUAAUAUCACCAUUCAAAAAAAGAUGGAUACUUAUAAUCAUCCUAUUAAUAACAAAAAUUUUAUACAAAUAGAAAAUAUAACUAGGUCUAUUUUUAUAUCUAUAAUAUAUGAUACAUAUAUCUCAGAUAUAAAAUUGUGUUAUGACUAUUUUUUUAAUACUCAAAAUGGGCAAAAUAAAGGGUUACUUAUAAUACCUUAUGUAAAAAUGGAUCCCCUCCAUUUAUCGACGGAAGACUUUAAAAGGGUUAAUAGUAAAAACGUAAUGUUAAGAAAUAUGAACUACGAAAUAACCACCGAGAAAAAUAGCAACAUUUAUAAACUGCUGUUCAAUUAUUUUUUAUUUUUAUCACAAUAUUUGAAUAUAUCUUUUUUUAACAUGAACAAUAUUUUUGUUAAUUUAAAAAAUGAAGUACAAAUGAAUGAAUUAAGAAUUAUUUUUUGUAUAUGCGAAAGUACGAAAAAGAGUUUGAGCACUUUAGAAGAUAACAUUAUCUUAUUAUUAAAUGUGAAACCUCAGAAAAAAGAAGAAAGUAAUAUGUCUUAUAUUUAUAAUAUUUAUUUAAAAAUGAAAAUUUUAAAUAAUUCACAGGAUGAUAGUAACAAGCUUCUUGAUUAUUUCGAGUUUUAUAUCAAACAAUUAUUUUUACAAAAAAUAAUAAAUAUUGACUUUUCAUUCUGA